AACAUAACAGGAACACUGGAGACCACAUCGCUGUACAUGAUCCAUUCCUGGAGGCGAACUCUGGCUACAAAGACAUUACGGAUUACACUGGCUGUUUCGCCUUUUGACGGCAAGCAAACGACCAGAAGUGGCCAUGGAUUUUCUCAAUCACAACUAUUUGAACGCGCGCAGCCCAUAUGACUAUACUUUUAAUUUCUGGAACGACUAUCUCGGGCUGACGACGUUGGUUACGAAGAAUAAUAAGCUCAGCAUGCCCCAGAAUCCCAACUCCAUCACCGAGUCCCUGAAAGCGACCCUGGGCUUGGACGAUUCUCCUGCGUGUCCGUGCGUAAUCGCGGGCGGCGUCGGAGAGAGCGGGCACCUGGACUGCUGCUGCCCGUCCGGGAGCCCCCCGCCGGCCUCCAUCCUGGACUUGAAAGAGCGCUUCUCGAUACUGAGCCCCUUCCAAAACCAGCUCGGCGUCCAGCUGCCUGAGCGAGAGGUGGGCUUUGGUGGGAGCUUCGCGGGGCUCGAUCUGUUCGGCAUGGAGAGGAAGAUGCGCAAACCCGCUUCCAGGAGCAAACAGGAGCCCAAAAUCUGCGUCUUCUGCCGAAAUAACGGAGCGCCCGAGGAGGUGUACGGCUCCCACGUCCUGAAGACUCCGGACGGCAGGGUUGUGUGCCCGAUUCUGAGGGCUUAUACCUGCCCCCUUUGCAGUGCCAAUGGGGACAAUGCCCAUACGAUAAAAUACUGUCCACUGUCAAAAGACCAGCCAUCCCAGCGACCAUUAAAGGGGGGGAGGGCUGUGGGUGGUAAGAGGAUGAAAAUAUUUUAACCAGACAAGACUAUAAAGUAAAUUGAAUUGCACUGAACAAUUUCCAGAUGACUGUUUUGAUUUCGGCUCUAGCCUUUAUCCCAGUUUCAUAAACAUAUUGAUUUUAUCUUUUUUGUUUUUUCUCUCUCUCUCUAAGAUCUCUUAUAUUUUUAUAGUUCCUUUAUCCACAUAGAAUAAUUUUAUGCUUUAUACAUUGAAUUUAUUUUUCUUUCUAGUUUGUAGUCAUUUGAACGUGUGCAUAUAAAUACACAUAUGUAUCAAUAAUCACAAAGUGUGAAUAAAUUUUAAGAAAAAAAAAAAGUAUUUUGGUCAUGUAGGGAAACACACUGACAUUGGCAAAGGGGAUGAAUGUCAUAGCCUAUUUCUAUCAAGUAUUUUUGUACGGUGAGCUAAGCUCGCUUCGAUUUUCUUUCACGUCUUAGAAAACCAAAGUUAUGUUUGCCAUUAAAGAAGCUCAAGAAUGUGUCAUUAAUGAAUACUUGUGUGCGUCUGACUGGAGGAGGAACUCUUUGAUCCCAUCUGCCUGCCGAAAAAGCUCCACAACAUAUUUUCCAACUCGCUCUAAAAGUUGACAUUCAAUCUGCAAGGCAGGAAGAAAAAAAAAAAAAAAAAAAAAAAAAAAAAAAAAAAAAAGACAAUGUGGCCUCUGUUUAGGGCGCAUAUUCUCUGGGGAACAUUAUAAUCAAUUGUUGCCAUGCCAAACCUCUGUUCCAACCCUAUGUGAUGAGAAAGUUAUCUGACUUUACAAGCAGUCAGAAAUGAGAGAGCAUCGUACAUUUUUUUUAUGUUUACAUUCCCAAAUAAGGGUGACACACUGGAUUUCUUUUCUCUGUCAGGUUUCUCUUUCUUAACGGUGUUUUUUUUCUUUUCUUUUCUUUUCUUUGUUUUGUUUUGCCCUGACGAUGUAUUCACCAGAGAGUCUCAUGGGCAGGUCUCCUCUGCAGUAUGAAGCUGAGUGAGUCCCAUUUACCUUUCACCCUGUGCGGGGGUGACGAAUAGCAAAUGAAUGUUAGUGAACAACAACAUGUUAUCCCGUUAUUUCCUUUUCUGAAGAAUCCCAAAAAGAUGCAAAAAUGUUGUGAAUGUAUGAUUGAAAGUGUCACUUGCAGGACUGCACAUUUCUGACAGUUUUGUUUACCAAAGGAAUACAAUUACAUUGAAGAAAGAAGAAAGAUUUGCUGUAUUGUAUAUAAGGUGAUGUUUAUUCAGUAUUUUAACAUUACAAGUGACUUCAGAGGGCGCUACCUCAACAGGAUUUUGUACUUACAUGUAAAAUGUCAACAGCAGUUUAUUGAUAUAGUGCUGCCAUUUAUAAUAAGGGUUUUGAUAGUAUUUUUGAUCUUUGUAUAACAUAAUUGUAUUUUCAUUUUGUUGCAUUUAACAUUAUGGAAGUAAGUUUCCAAGAAGCUAUAAGCAUUGCUCACCAAAAGGUGAAUGUCUGUAAAUAGUGAUUAUACCCAUACUUUUUAAAGUUUAGUUGUUCAAUGUUGCAUUCUUGAGAGUGUGCAAGAGAGUGGAUAUUGAAAAAGGCUUACAAAAAAUUUGCCACUUUUAACAGAGGUUUUUUGAUUAAAUGAAUAAGAGAAAAAGAAACACUGUUGAACUUUGUUAUUUAUAUUUUACCACGAUUUCCUGUAUGCUGCUGUGCAGAAUAACAACAUAUGAAUUCACUAGAGAAAUAAAAGCGUAUCAAAUAUUUGGAGCA